GAGGGAGCGUGAAGAGAAAGCGCAGGCGGUCGUGAGCACGGAGGCGGUUCCCUGCUGGGCCGAGGCCCUGAACGGGAGCCAAUCGGACAGCCGAGGCUGCUGCCAAUCACGCGGCUCCCUCCAAUCCCACACGCACCAUAUCCAAAAUCUAGGUCCCACUGUGCAGCUCCAAUGUGGCGUUCACUCUGCCAAUCGCUGGAGGACAGAGUGGGAAUAGGAAUAAGCAGAGUUGGGAGACCAGGACAAAAGAAGUUAAAGAGCGCCUAAUAUAUACAUGUUUUUGAAGGCGAGCAGAGGGAAAAAAGUCCCUCCAGUGAAGGUCCACGGGCCUGAUUGUGUAGUUCUGAUGGAGCCCCCUUUGAGCAAGAGGAACCUGCCAGUGCUGAGAUUAGCGGAUUUGGCAACGGCUCAGGCAGAGCCGCUCCAGAACAUGACAGGCUUCCCGAUGCUGGCCUGCCCGUCCGCCCAUUCCCAACUCCGCGCCGCCGCCGCGCAUCUCCUCCACUCGCUGGAGCUGGGCGCUGACCCUGGCGUGGCCGUCCCUGCGCUCGGACCCGAGCACAUGGCCCAGGCCAGCGCGCCGGGCCACAGCGCUCCCGCCAGAGCGCUGCCGGCGCAGCCCGAGGCUCCGGCGGCCGCCAUGCACGCCGCAGCCGCGGUCGCGCACCCUGGCUCCGGCACCCACCCAGGGGGCUGGGGCAGCAGUAGCUCGCGGCCCUCUGCGCCCCCGCCCCCAGCCCCACCUCUUCCUCCCUCCCCUUCACCCCCUCCCCCUUCCCCUCCCCCGCCUUCUCCUCCUCCUCCUGCCCUCUCGGGCUACACCACCACCAACAGUGGCGGCGGCGGCAGCAGCGGCAAAGGCCACAGCAGGGACUUCGUCCUCCGGAGGGACCUUUCCGCCACGGCCCCCGCGGCGGCCAUGCACGGGGCCCCGCUCGGAGGGGAGCAUCGGUCGGGCACCGGCUCCCCCCAGCACCCGGCCCCGCCUCCCCACCCGGCCGGCAUGUUCAUCUCCGCCAGCGGCACCUACGCGGGCGCGGACGGCGGCGGCGGCCCCGCGCUGUUCCCCGCGCUGCACGACGCGCCGGGGGCCCCCGGUGGCCACCCACACCCGCUCAACGGCCAGAUGCGCUUGGGGUUGGCAGCGGCCGCAGCAGCCGCGGCGGCCGAGCUGUACGGCCGCGCCGAGCCGCCCUUCGCCCCACGCUCCGGGGACGCGCACUACGGGGCAGUGGCGGCCGCGGCGGCCGCCGCCCUGCACGGCUACGGAGCCGUGAACUUAAACCUGAACCUGGCUGCGGCCGCGGCCUCGGGGCCCGGGCCCCACCUGCAGCAGCACCACGCACCGCCCCCGGCUCCGCCACCGGCGCCCGCGCAACCCCCGCACCACCCCCACCUCCCAGGGUCGGCCGGGGCCUUCCUGCGCUACAUGCGGCAGCCAAUCAAGCAGGAGCUCAUCUGCAAGUGGAUCGACCCGGACGAGCUGGCCGGGCCACCGCCGCCACCGUCCCCGGCCCCCGCCGGCUGCGCCAAGCCUUGCUCCAAAACUUUCGGCACCAUGCACGAACUGGUGAACCACGUCACGGUGGAGCACGUGGGCGGCCCAGAGCAGAGCAGCCACGUCUGCUUCUGGGAGGACUGUCCGCGCGAGGGCAAGCCCUUCAAGGCCAAGUACAAGCUCAUCAACCACAUCCGUGUGCACACCGGCGAGAAGCCCUUCCCCUGCCCCUUCCCGGGCUGCGGCAAGGUCUUCGCGCGCUCCGAGAACCUCAAGAUCCACAAGCGCACUCAUACAGGGGAAAAGCCAUUCAAAUGUGAAUUUGAUGGCUGUGAUAGGAAGUUUGCCAAUAGCAGUGAUCGAAAGAAACACUCCCAUGUCCACACCAGUGACAAACCCUACUACUGCAAGAUCAGAGGCUGCGACAAAUCUUACACUCACCCGAGUUCUCUGAGGAAGCACAUGAAGAUUCACUGCAAGUCCCCCCCACCUUCUCCAGGAGCCCUUGGUUACUCAGCCAUGGGGACUCCGGUGGGUGCUCCCUUGUCCCCGGUGCUGGACCCAGCCAGGAGUCGUUCCAGCACUUUGUCCCCUCAAGUAACCAACCUCAAUGAGUGGUAUGUUUGCCAGGCCGGUGGGGCCCCCAGCCACCUCCACACACCUUCCAGCAACGGAACCACCUCUGAAUCUGAAGAUGAGGAAAUGUAUGGGAACCCUGAAGUUGUGCGGACGAUACAUUAGAAUUUAUUCUUAUUAGAUGAAAUAAUAGGUGGGAGUCUUGGACCCUCUCCUAACCUGAGACAAUGCCGGGCCUGAGACAAAUGCAUGACUCAGACUUGCCACUGGUCUAAUUAGCCCUAUUUAUUCAGUUUGAAACCCUAUGGUAUUUGUACAUUUAAUUAAUUUAAUUAAG